GCCAGGCCGCCCCGGCCGCGCGCCGCCUGCGUCACCCAACUCGCCAGCCUGGCGCGAGCCGGGCCGGGCUCUGACGCCUCAUCAGGCUACCUCUAAGCCCCGCCUCCCUGGAGAGAGCCGAGGCGGCCACGCCCCCAUCUCAGCCUACAGCUGCUCGCGUCGGACUCGGACCCGGGCUGUCAGCGGGGAGGGGUUCGGCCUGGAGCAGGUCACUGGAGAGAGCUGCUGCCAUCCUACAGUCACUCUUGAGAGAAAUCAGCUACCAUCUAUGAGACAGUAUAACAAUGGAUCUAGUCCUGAACUACGUAGAUUACAACUUUUUUACACCGUAUGUGUAUCCAACCACAUGGCCAGAGGAUGAGCCCUUUCGACAGAUCAUCAGUCUCCUUAUUGUAACAAAUCUUGGUGCACUUGUGCUUUAUUUGCUGUUUGCAACUUUGAGCUACUACUUGGUUUUUGAUCACUCUCUGAAGCAACACCCCCAGUUUCUAGAGAAUCAGGUGCAGCUUGAGAUAAAAUAUGCUCUCCAGUCACUUCCCUGGAUCAGCAUCCCCACAGUUGCACUCUUCUUUGCAGAGGUCAGAGGUUACAGCAGGCUUUAUGACAACAUUGAAGACUCUCCAUAUGGAUGGUUUGGUGUAAUCCUUAGCAUGCUCUCUUUCCUUUUCUUCACCGACAUGUGCAUUUACUGGAUUCACAGGUUCCUCCAUCAUAAACUUGUGUACAAGCGUCUGCACAAGCCCCAUCACCGCUGGAAGGUUGCUACGCCCUUUGCAAGUCACGCCUUCCACCCUGUGGAUGGUUUCCUGCAGAGUAUUCCGUAUCAUAUCUAUCCUUUCCUCUUUCCUUUGCACAAGGUGACCUACUUGGGUCUCUACAUCGCUGUCAAUGUCUGGACAAUCUCUAUUCAUGAUGGCGAUUACCGCGUGCCAGAUUUCUUGAAACACGCUAUCAAUGGCUCUGCCCAUCACACUGAUCAUCACUUAUAUUUUGAUUACAACUAUGGUCAGUAUUUCACACUCUGGGAUAAAAUUGGGGGCUCCUACAAAAGCCCCUCUUCCUUUGAAGGGAAAGGGCCACAUGAUUAUUUGAAAAAGCUAAAGAGCGGAGAAUUGGCCAGUUUUAAAAAUGACCAUGCAGAUGAAGAUUUGAUGAAUAGAGACAGUCUAAAGAAUAAAUAGAUCUCCUCAAGCUGAUUGUAAAAAGGCCCUGACUUUCCCUUUUGUUUUUAGAAGGAAAAGCCUGCUUCUAAAGAAAGCCCUUCCCCUAUUAUCAUUCUUGGGAUGAAAACAUUUUAGGUGCCUACUAAGGUUAUUAUGGUGGAGUUACAUAGUUAAGUACCACAAUACAGUCCCAUAAUGGGGACCAUUUAUGGUGAGGGUAAAAAGCAUAAAACCUAUGUAACGUCUAAUGUUGAUGCAACAUUGAAAAGAUUUUCUGCAGCACUUCAUACAAAUGUCAGUGCAUUGAAAUUGGGACUGCCUUUUAUAGCAUAAUGCAUUAGAGCAUAACUUAUUUAAAUUCUACCCUAACAGCAGUAACUAUCUUUUUUGCUAUAUUCAAAAGCUUUCUCCUGAAAGUACACCUCUACCCUGAUAUAACAUGACCCAAUAUAACACAAAUUCUGAUAUAAUACAGUAAAGCAGUGCUCUGGGG